AUGACUGAAUCAUUCCCCGCCGCAUUGGCAGGGCCAACCUCCAAGGAGCGCAAGUAUGAUCGUCAACUACGACUGUGGGCAGCGACAGGCCAGCAGGCUCUGGAAGACUCCCGCGUCUUGUUGGUAAACUCCGAUGGCCCGCUCGAUUCCACCAGUACCGGCGUGACGGGCGUGGUGGGUGUUGAGGCGCUGAAGAACCUGGUGCUCCCGGGCAUUGGUGGCUUCAGCAUUGUCGAUCCAGCAAUCGUCACGGAAUCAGAUCUCGGGGUGAAUUUCUUCCUCGAACAAGAGUCUCUGGGUAAAUCCCGGGCCGACGAGACAUGUCGUUUGCUCCGAGAGUUGAACCCAGACGUCCAGGGUUACUCAUAUUCCAAGCCUGUGAUGAAACUUCUUGAGGAUCCAGACUUUUUGCCGCGGCACAAGUUGGUCAUCAUUACUGGCCCAACCAAGCGUUUGACUUUGGGCUCCCUGACCCAGGAAGCCCGGAGGCUGGGUAUUCCUGUGCUCUAUGUUCACUCGGUAGGAUUUUACUCAUCGUUCAGUCUGCAAUUGGAUGCGGACUUUCCCAUUGUAGAGACGCAUCCCGACCCAGAAGCCACCCAGGACCUGCGCCUUCUGGCUCCCUGGCCCGAACUCUCGGCCGCGGCUGCGUCCCUCGGGGAUUUGACUGCGCUGGAUGAUCACAAACACGGUCACAUUCCAUACAUCCUCUUGCUGCUUCAUUUUCUCGAGCAGUGGAAGCAGUCCCAUGGCGGCAACCCGCCAGGCACUUACAAAGAAAAGACCGAAUUCCGAGAAUUUGUGCGGUCUCACGCACGUACCAGCAAUGCUGAGGGGGGAGAAGAGAAUUUUGACGAGGCCGUGGCCGCGGUGCUCAAGACCGUUUCACCGUUCAGUCUGCGCAGUUCCACUCGGGAGAUCUUUGAAAUGGAUCAGUGCAAACAUCUGACUGCUCAAUCAUCGGACUUUUGGGUGAUCGCUUCAGCGAUCAGUGCCUUCUAUAGCACGCACGGAGUCCUCCCUCUACCUGGAUCUCUACCAGACAUGAAAGCCCAGUCAGCCGACUACGUGGCUCUACAAAACAUCUACAAGGCCAAAGCCCGCCGCGACAUGGAAGAAGUCACCACGCGCGUGCGCGAGCUGGAAACCCAACUGCACCGAAGCACGUCACCCAUCCCAGAUCGUGAGAUUGAAGUAUUCUGCAAGAACGCCGCGCACAUCAAGGUGAUCCACGGACGUCCAGUAGCCCAGAUCAGCAGUGACAGCGAUCCCGCCACACUCAAAGCCAUCCGGAACCAAUUGCACACUCCGGAUUCUCUGAUCCCAAUCUUCAUCGCCACUCAAAUUCUCGACGCGGUCGUGGACCACAUCCAAAGCGAGGAGUCCCAGGAGACUUCGCUUUCCAUCGACGACGACGGUCUGUGGACCAGUCACACGGAGCGGAUCCUCGCUCUCCUGACUCGGGAUCAACCAGCUCCUCUCGGCGACGAUGUUCGGCAAAGCAUCGCCCGCGCGAUUGAAGAGCUGCGCCGCGCCGAGGGUGGUGAAUUGCAUAAUAUUUCCUCCUUGACUGGAGGCUUGGUUGCGCAGGAGGCGUUGAAAGUGCUGACUAGGCAAUAUGUCCCUCUUGACAAUACUUGUGUCUUUGAUGGCGCGCGAAGCCGAAGCGAGAUGUAUCGACUUUGA